UCAUGCUGCUGCCAGGUCCAGAGUGUCUCAUGGGUCCCUGUACGGCCUCCCAUUGCUGCUGUCUCCAUCGCCACACUCUGCCAUGUGCCACUUUCAGGUCUCCUCACACUGCUGGUGUGUUCCAUUUUUUGUACAUAGGGUGCUGGCAGAUUACGGGCCUCCCAUUGCUGCUGCCAGGCCCGUAAUCUGCAUGGGCCCCAUACCGCCUCCUCAUGCUGCUGCCAGGUCCAGAGUCUCUCAUGGGUCCCUGUACGGCCUCCCAUUGCUGCUGUCUCCAUCGCCACACUCUGCCAUGUGCCACUUUCAGGUCUCCUCACACUGCUGGUGUGUUCAAUUUUUUGAC